AUGCAAACUGAAGUUCCUACGUUACCUGUAGUACACUUCAAUACCCAUAAGAACCUCAAUAGGUAAUCACAAAGAUGUCAAAUAUUUGUAAAGAUAUUUUUGUACAUUUAUAAUUUAAAUUACAAUGAAUUAAUUUAUAUUAUCAGUAGAACAUUUCUAAUUUAUAAAAUUUAUUCUUAGUAAUUGUACAUCUAUAACAAAUAUUCCAAUUAUUUGUAUUAUAUGUGUACAUAUAUUGUUGUAUGACUUGAUUCCUUUUAUUUAAUUUUUUUUAUAUUUGUAUGUUUUAUGUAUUUAUUAUAUAUUUAAACUGUAUUUUAAAAUAUUCUCAGCAUGAACAAAGAAAUAUUAAUUACAUAAAUUUUUAAGAAUUUUAUAUAUAUAUAUAUAUAAUUUUCAGAAACCAAAAUUCUAAUUUAGGAGGACUAUCAAAGGAAAUAAAAAUUAAUUUAUCUCAUAAAAAUAUAACAUAUUUUUCAUCUAAGAAAAAAAAUUUACAUCCUUUACUUGGACGGCCAUACCAAAGUAAUGUUCGACAAUGUUCUUCUUCAGAACAAUCAAAACUUAAUAAAAGUAGCAUUGAACAGAAAGUUUUGUCUGCAAAAAUGUUACGCAUUAAAGAACUACAAAAUCAGUUAGCUGAUGCACACUAUCAAUUGAAUGAAUUAGCAAAUGAAAAUAAGUUAUUAAAAGCAUUACAAAAAAGACAAGAUUCUGCAUUAAAACGUUAUGAAGGAACAAAUGCCGAACUUCCGAGAAUUAUUAAUUCUCAUCAUGAGGAGUUAAGAGUACUUCAAAGUAAAUAUAAAAAGUUAAAAACAUUACAAAAAGAAACCUGUGAUUUAUUAAAGGAAAAAGGAAAUGAGCUUCAACAUUUACAGUCACAAAAUAAACAUUUGUUACAACUCAGUAAAGAUCGUAAUUUGGGAGAGAGGGAAAAAUUACAAUUAGAAGUUUCUGAUUUAAAUCAUAGAAUACAACAACAGCAAAAUACUAUACAGACACUACAUAAAAAAUUGACCCUUGAAACGAAAAGUUUAAAACAACAAUUACAUCUCGAAAUUUCUAAACGAAAAGAAACACAAAAAUAUUUAGAUGAAACAGCAGAAAAAUUAAAAACUUUAGAAAAUUUAUUAGAUAAUAGAGAACGAAGAUUAUAUUAUAAUGGACAAUUAUUGUUUCCCGAUAAGAAUCGACGUUUUGGCACACAAUCUCUUACAAACUUAAGAGAUAUUAGCCCAUAUUUUAUACAUCUGAAUUAAAUGAUAAGAUUAAAACAGAGGAAAGGGUAAAUUCAAAUCAAACUUUAGAGUAUAUAAAAUCUGAAACUAUGACAAAUUUGGAACAAGUACGAAAAUAUCGUCUUCAAAAAUCAUCAUACGGAAAUACAUCAAAUAAUUUAGCAAAAUCUAAGGAACUAGAUUUCACUAUAAACAAAAAUUCAGAGAUUUCAGUAGAUUUAGAAAAAUCAGAACAAUUAGAGAACCAACAAAAAGAGACUCAAAGAUAUCAAACAAGCGCAGAUAAAUUUAGGAAAAUAUAUAACAAUCAAAAAUAUGAAAAUUUGAUCUGUUCAUCUGAAGGUAGUGAAAGUGAGAAUGAAAAUGAAAAUGGCAGAAAUGAUUAUAAGAAUGCAACUAAACAAUUGCAUGCAAGGUUAAUUAGCAGUGCAGAUGAUACUUCAGAUUCGAAGGAAUUAACAUUUUCUGAUUGUAAAUAUAGAGAUAAAUUGAAGAUUUUAAUAAGAGAGAGAAAAAAUUCCUAUGAAAGUGACUCGGAAAUAGAAUCUGAAAUAAGAAAAGAAUCAAUUGAACAUUACUUAACAGUGAAUCAUCAAAAUAAUACACUUAUUUCAUCUGAGUAUGAUGGUAACCAAGUUCACUAUAAUUCUGAUAAAGAAAUAGAAAAAUUGUCAUGUUCAAAAAAUAUUUUAAAUGAAUCACAAAAUGUUUAUCAAAAUUUAAUUGAUAAAAUGCACAUACAAACUAAAAAUGUAGAGAAUGAAAAUAUAUAUACUCAACAUGAUGUUCAAACGGAAUGUAAAAACUCAGAAAAUAUAGGAAACUAUAUAACUGAACAAACUGAAACACAAGAAUUUAAUGAUCCAAGUAUUACAAAAAGUGAUUUUGAAAAUAAAUUAUUAUCACAAACAUAUUCUAAAGAUGAACAUGAUACAUCAUUGAAAACUAACAACACAGAGUCAGAGUCAGUAAUUGGGUCUAGUAUUAAACCAGAAAUAUCACGUACAAAUGAAAUUCUUUUUAAUGAUUCACAAAAAAAAUCUUCUGUAAAAGAUUUACUAAAUUCUUCAAGCAAUUUAAGUAAAGGAGCAACAAAUAAAGUAGAUACAACAGAAGUAGAAAUACAAAGUAAAAAUAUAGUUCAAAGUUACGAUUUAGAAACAAAAAAUAAAUUAAAUAAACAAGAAUUGGAAAAUAUUGAUAUAGUCUCACAUGAUAUACAAUCUCUUGACAAUGAUUCAGUUCAUGAUAUAUUAACUGAUGUUAGUAUUACAACUGAAAAUAAUGUAAAAACAAAAAUAACUAAUUAUAACAAAGAGAAGUUAUUAGCAUCAAUGAAAGCUAUUGAUAACAAUGAAAAUAUUGAAUUUAUAAAUCAAAAUUAUGGAAAACCUAAUAUAAUAAAAAGAAAACAAAUGACAGAAAGAAAUGUAUUUCAUAAUUUACCAUCUCACGUGAAGAAAAAGCAAGAUAUUAUUAAAGAUAUAUUUGAUACCGAUGUAAUUAAAAAUGAAUCAACAGAUAGGUGUGAUAAAUUACAUUGAAAUAUAAAUGAAUAAAAGAGAAAUAUUAAAGUAUUUGCGAAGUUAUAUAAUAAAGAUAUAAACUAUAUAAAUAAUUAUAUGUAUUAUAUUUUUUUUAUAGUAUAAAUAUUAUAAUACAUCUCUAUUUUACAAGAGGUUAG